AAGAACACCACACCAUGCAAAGCUCACACACUUCAGCUCGAGAUCGAGCUAAGCUAGCAGGCAAAGGCAUUAGCGAUUAAUUAGCAUGGCGUCGCUGUGGCGGCUGGCGCUGGCGGCGGCGAUGUGCGGCGCGCUGAUCCUGUCGUCGUCGUCGUCGGCGGCGGCGGCCGGGAAGAAGACCGGGCGGAUCACGGUGUACUGGGGGCAGACGGCGGCGGAGGGGCGGCUCCGGGAGGCGUGCGGCAGCGGGCUGUACACGACGGUGAUCGUCUCCUUCCUCACCGGCUUCGGCGGCGGCCGGUACAAGCUGGACCUCGCCGGCCACGACCGGGGCGCCGUGGGGCCCGACGUGAAGUACUGCCAGUCCAGGGGGGUGCUCGUCCUCCUCUCCAUCGGCGGCGGCAUCGGCAGGUACUCCCUCGCCUCCAAGGCCGACGCCAAGGCCGUCGCCGACCACCUCUGGGACUUUUACCUUGGCGGCCGCUCCAAGUCCCGCCCCUUCGGCGACGCCGUGCUCGACGGCAUCGACUUCGACAUCGAGCUCGGCCGCCCCGCCCACUACGACGACCUCGCCAGGUACCUCAAAGCUUACAGCGGGAGGAAGCCAGGGGGUAAGAAGGUGUGGCUGACGGCGGCGCCGCAGUGCCCGUUCCCGGACAGGAUGCUGGGCGAGGCGCUGCGCACGGGGGUGUUCGACCGCGUCCACGUCCAGUUCUACAACAACCCGGCCUGCAGCUACCGCGCCAGCAACGCCGCCGCGUUCGCCGCGGCGUGGAGGAAGUGGGCGUCCAGCCUGCCGAGGAGCUCCGUCUACCUCGGGCUCCCGGCGGCGCCGGGCGCGGCGAACAGCGGGUACGUCCCGCCGGCGGCGCUGGCGGGGGAGGCGCUGCCGAUCGUGCAGCGGUCGAGGAACUACGGCGGCGUGAUGCUGUGGAGCAGGUACUGGGACCGGCGCACCGGCUACAGCAAGAAGAUAAAGCAUGCCGUGUGAUUGUACUACUAUGUGUGCUUAAUAUUGGAAUAAGGGUGGCCUUGCAGUAGUUCUUACUGCUGACAAAAUGGCCCUGCGAUCACACCUUAUGUGACUGUAUAAUUAGUGUGUGUUUGGGGAAGAAGAGCAUAUGGAUGCUAGCUUCCAAGUAUAUUGUGUAUGUGUAUGUCCAAUAAUAAUAUUGUGUAAUAAAAUAAAAUGGCAAGUCGUCCUUGUCAGGAAGAA